UUCCGAUACGUUGGUCCUAAGUUCCCCUGAAUCCACAUCUGGAACUAAAACAUGAAAGAACGUAAGAUUCAGAUGGAACUAUCACAAGACGUGGUAGCCAGUACGAAAACGAGAAUUCCAUAGACUGAUUACGAUCCUGUAGACAACUAAAUUUGUACUCGGCAACAUUUGAGUAUCUAUUUUACUGAUUGGAGCUAACAUUGACUCAGAUGUAUGACUCUUUGAAUAACCAAUGAACAGCACCAAAUUAAGAAAUCAAAUGUUGAGACUGAGUGGAUCAAUAAAAGCACGUCUAGACGAUCCAUACGAGGGAUGCCAGGGAUAUGCCAUCAAUAUGGCAUGUAACCAGAACUUUUUAGCAAAAAGGGAGUGACAGUAUUCCGCGAAUAGUCAAUCCACCUGAGGUAGGAUCGAAGCCGACUAACAGAGUAGAGAGAAACCGAUUUGAUAUGGCAUCAACUUGUUGUUGUGAUGGUGAUGGUCGAAAGGUCUAACGUCGAUCGAAGUCCCGUUUAUGUUAUGGAAAAGGGCAGCCAUGGGUCGAUAUGGGGGUUAUCAAAAGACAUCCUUGGGAGCAGAUAUGCAUUCCCACCCCCAGUACUCUGUGGAUAUGUAUCUUUUGGCACAAAGCGAUUUGUGACUCUCAGUAGUCACCGCGACCCGUAUAGGAAAAAGCUCCCCGUUAUAAUAAUAUACCGAUGUUUCGAACAAAAGCGGCAGCAGAGGCAGUAAUCGCUACCUCUGUAGACCCUCAGCAGCCACGCGGAUCACAUCGUGGUCGCCAAGGGGUCCAGCGCGGAGGAUAACCCCUAGCAUAUAUGUCCCAUCCUGAGUUUUUCUCCCACGGCUGCUCCAUAGGACUUAGGUAUAGAUAGUCCAGAUAGGACUUACAUGUAGUAGUCGUCAAGGAGCAAGGCCGGGGGAGAGUAUAAUGGCCGUCUUGACUAGAUAAAAAAGACAACCAUCUCCGUAACGUUCUAGCAAAAUAAUAGCAUGUUGUCCAUCGAAGCAAAGCCCCAUAUGACUGUCAGGAUCGAGGUUGGCGAUAUUCCAGGGCUAUGUGAGCUCCCGAGUAGAUCAUGGUUCACAUAUAAGCGUGUGUGGAGGGGGCCUUUUUAAUGAAUAGAGAGGUAAUAGUAAGCACCGCAGUUAAAUGGAGGGAAGGCAAACAUUAACGGCCACACAUGUAUUUCCCUCAGGCCAUCCAAACAGAGGUAGGAGGGCCGUCAAGGACCCAGCAAUGACGGGAGAGGAGCAUCAUCACGCAUAGCCCAUGGUGUCAGCUAUAACCUGGGGGGAGAACAGAGGAUGUCAACAUAUAGCGGUGAAGGAGGGAUGUGAUGGUGGAAAUCCAGAAGCAGAGGAGGCAGGGGGUGGACGGGAGGGCAAGCAAGAUAUAGAAAUGCAGCAGGAGCCAGCAAGCAGGGAGUUGAUGUGACCACGUGACUAAAACAAGGUUUCGGAUAGCGGUAGGAAAGGAAACUCCGGUAUCCCCGGCUCCAUGAGUAAAACCAAUGCUCCGGCUUCGCAUCCGCUAGGGCUGUCUCCGGUGACUCUCAAGCAACUCUGUACGUGCUGGCGCCAUGUGAGCGCACAUGGCUAGUGUUUUGGCGGCCUCUGUUCCACCUGUUUCAACCUCAGGACGGCCAGCUUCUGCUUGUUUCAGGUCUGUCAGGGCGUCUGUAGGUACAACAGUCCAUCACAGCCUAGAAACAUACGACUCUCCGGAGGGCCACCCGACACACCACUCGGAGCAAGCCUCCCUCCCUUUCUCCUCCCGAGCGCCACGCCGUGGCAACAUCGCCAGGAAUACCUGAUUAACACAGCCAUGCAUAUCCACCCCCGCCCAGUUGAGAUUGAGAUCGUUAUCGUAUGUCGUUGACUUCUGGCAUGUUGCAAGGGAACAAGAGCUGGAUGACUCAGCAGAAAAGCGGAUACUACCAGCCCCCAAUCUGACCAACAGGGUGGACGGAAAGCGGUAAAUACGGCGUAACGCCUAAAUACCGCUAGAAGGAAACACGUUUGAACACAUAGCAAAACGCCAAGACAUGCUCACCGGCAUAAAAGUUUACAGUGGUGGAUCUGCUGUCACAUGAUCUCAACACUUUCAGAAAAAGUUAGGGCUUAGGUCUUAGGGCUAGCUGACCCCAGGACGAUAGGGUAAGGCCGCGACAAAAUGGAAUAUAGACGGAAGAUAGACGGAGACUGGAGACGAAGACGACGAUGAAGCUGAAGAUAUCGAAGUACCGGCAGGAGGUGGUAAAGACGGUAGACGAAUGACUGGGAUACGGCUUGGGACAGGAAAUACCGUGCCAGGAAGGGGACAACUCACCGAUGUGUCAACGGGUUCGCUCGUUGUAUGUAUCCAUGCAUCGUCCACGCCUUGACCCUCGAAGAUGAACCAUUACGACGCGCCCUGUAUAGAAAGAUGUAUAUUUAUAGCACAGUUCUAGGGAUAGGAUGCGGCCGCACAUCUAACCAGGCAUAUAAAUAGUAGGAGAGCCAGCUCGAUCCCUGCUGCCGGAGGCCGCCCGAUCCAUGUCCCUAACCAUGAUCUACGGCCAUCUCAUCGAACACCAUGAAGCUCGUUUGCUCAGAUAGGGAGGAGGACUUUAUUCUUACUUCUCGGGGGAAAUAAGGCUAGACAGAGAGAUAGCCGUACUGUCAACAGCAAUGCAUGAACUAUUAUUAGGAUGAUAGCCGGUCCCCUGGACGGUCAUCUGCCAGACCCUGUAGAAAUUUGAGGUAGUUACAGUAAAUAGUCAACUAGGUGCGUACGGUUGUUUGAAGCAGGAGAGAGAUUCAUAGCAGUUCUUGAUCCUCUGCGGAACGGCGCCGGACAUCAGCUGGACAAGCCACCGCAGCUGGAGGCAGAGCUAUAUAACUGGCCUCUCAUCUCCUCUGGCCACUGACUCUUCAUCCGCCCUUCAGCAUCGUCUGCUGGUCAUCUUAUCUCCUCAUCUUAUCUCUCUUAUCGUCUGAAUUCCAAAUCUCUCUAGUCGUGGCGUCAUAGCCAGGAACCUCGGCUUCUCCCACUAGCACUGCCUCACGCGGCUACACCAACCGCUCUCACCACCGACUUAUCCACACUCAAUUAACACAGUAUACCCUGCCAUCUACUUACAAUGGGUGAUUUCGGAGCCACUUCUUCCCUCGAUGAGCCCGUCUCUCUCCCCGGACAACGUGUUUCCCCCGAGGACGACGACAUCCACGUCCUGGUCACUGGGUUCGGCCCAUUCAAAACCCACCCACUCAAUCCCUCAUGGCUAAUCAAUUCUCUCCUCCCACAAUACGCUACCACCAGCAAAAACCGCCGAGUCCACAUCCAUGCCCACCCACGGCCGAUCCGAGUAGCCUACGCCGCGGUACGUGAGGAAAUGCCUCGUAUCAUCGAGGGGUUCCGAGCCGCUCACGACGGACGUCCACCUCAUUUGGUGAUUCACAUCGGCAUGGCUGCCACCAGACAGUACUAUGCCGUUGAGACGGUUGCUCACAGAGAGGGGUACAAACAUACGGAUGUAGAUGGGCAAUUUGGGAUACCGUUUGACCCCUCCUUGCCAGAGAGGCUACAACCGGGUGUUCCUACACCCUCUGAUUCUGCAUCUACAUCCGAGUCUACGGAUAAGGUGAAAGUUGUUCCGUCACCGCUUGAUACCGGCUUUUUGCAGACGUGGAGGAAAAGUCUACCUGCAGGACGAUCAAUUGAUGUCCGCCUAUCUCAUGAUGCGGGCCAUUAUCUGUGUGAAUAUAUCUAUUACACCAGUUUGUCAAUGGCGUGGGAGGAGAACAGACCACGGGCAGCGCUGUUCUUGCAUGUUCCUGGCUGGACAGAUAAAGCUAGUGUGGAGAUGGGCGUUGAGGUGGUAGUGGGUCUUGUCCGGGCCAUGGUGGAGAGCUGGAUUGUUGAGACGGAUGCUUAAAUACGGAGUACGAUCGAUUUGUUUACAUUAUUCUAUCUUAUUUCUUUUGACUACUUACCACUUCAUCUUCGUAUACAUGACUUACCCAUUUAUGUAUUUACCUACGUUGUCCUAUUUCAGAGUUGAUACCAAGAUGAAUAUGAGUUACGCAUAAACAGUUGG